CGGUAACACAGUUGAUAUGUGAUGCUGAGCUUACACGCUUAGAUUUAGUUGUGUGUAUUCUGUGGUUCGUGCUAUAGCACAUGUACUGAAUGAAAACAGAACUAAGGAAAUGUUGGGAACAAUUAAAACAAUCGCUAUAAUCGGUGCCGGUCCAAGUGGUUUGUGUUGUGUGAAAAAUGCACUAGAGUAUGGCUUUGAGGUAACGGUUUAUGAACAAAAUUCACAAGUCGGCGGUUUAUGGAUUUACACCGAUCAAAUUGGAAACUAUGAAUAUGGGCUUCCCAUUCAUAGCAGCAUGUAUAAAGGAGUUGUCACAAAUAUUCCCGUCGAAUCAAUGGGAUUUUUCAACUAUCCAUUUCCAAAGAAAGAAAAAUCAUUUGUUUCACACGAAGAGGUGCUUAAAUUUUAUCAAUCGUAUGCUAAUCAAUACAAUUUAAAUCGUGUCAUCAAAUUCCGAUGUCAUGUGGUCAACGUAAAACCGACACCAAAUAACCGUUGGGAAGUUUUAAGUAGAGAUCUACGUCGAAAUACUUACGAAAUCCGAGUGUUUGAUGCAAUUUUUGUGUGCAAUGGCCACUAUAAUGCACCGUACAUUCCGAACUUUGAAGGAAUCGAUGAAUUUCGCGGUAAUAAAGCACAUAGUCAUGAUUAUCGACGACCCGAAAAAUACCAGGAUGAAACAGUUUUGAUAAUUGGCUGUGGACCAUCGGGACGGGAUAUUCUACACGAAGUCGCACCCAAAGCGAAGAAAGUGUUUUUCAGUCAUCAUCGCAAUUUGGCUGGUUAUAAUAUGCCAUCAAAUGUUACACAGGCAGGAGAUGUCAAAUGUUUCAAAGAGAAUUCCGUUCAAUUUGAAGAUGAUGCCGAGGAACAAAUAUCUUGCAUCCUUUUUUGCACAGGGUACACAUUUUCGUUUCCAUUUCUAUCGGUGGACUGUGGUCUAUCAUUGCAAGACAUGUUUCUGUCGUGGCCUUUGUAUAAGCACUUAAUCAACAUAAAUAAACCCACGAUGGCCAUUGUCGGAUUGCAAAUCUGCGCGUAUUCUUAUAUGUACGACUUGCAGGCUCGGCUGUGUUUGAAAUUUUGGAAUGGUGAUAUUCAACUACCGACGAAGAAACAAAUGUUAGAAGAAUUUCGUAUUGAAAAAGAGCGACGUGUCGAAAAGGGCAAUGACAUUCGGCAAUCUCAUUUGCUCGGUGUAGAUCAAGCAAAAUAUUUGCAAGACUUGAGUAAUAUCGGCCAAAUGAUAAAAAUACCAAAUGUUUUGCUGAAGAUUUACGAUGAUUGCAAUGAAUUGCGCACUCAAUACCCAAACACAUACCGGGAAUAUAACUACACAAUUAUAGAUGAUGAAACUUUUGAACGGAAACACAUUCCAAGCUGAAAUACCAACAAAGGCAAAGCGAUUUUUUUAUAUGAAUAGUCAAAAAUUUAAAUAAAAAAAAAUCAUUUUUUUAUCAAUUGAUAACGUAUUA